UUCAGCAGUUCGCACAAUAGCUAGAAAGCCUUAAGUAGGAAGGUUUUUACGGUCAUUUAUAAAGAUCAGUGAGCAGACAAAGAGAAUUACCAGGUCAUGCUCACUGAAAUAAUGAGUAGUGAAUCUGAUGAAGAAGAGUAUAAGGAAGCCAGAAGUGGAAGCUCUGGUAGUGAUGAAAACGAUGGCACUCCUGAUCAAUGGAGUGUACCUUCUAUGUCUCAAUCAAUGCUGAACAGGUUUUCAAAAUUUCCAGAUCAUUCUACUAAAUCUAAGCAGGACAAUAAUUCAAAAGUCGAAACAGGAUUUGUAAGUUCUUUAAGUAGAGUGCACCGAAAAGAGGAAAACAUUCCACCCCCUGUACCCCCAAAAACUUUUAAACAGAAAAGAAAUUCUUUUGAGAAUCCAAUGGAAACGGAAGAGAAAAGUAACUCAGAAGGAGAGGAUCAGAACCAGCCUUUGUUUAUGAACGAAACAACUGAAGGUGGAAACAGUAAUGAGAAAAAGAUGUCUGUAAAAGACAGGGCCAGAAUGUUUGACCAUCCACAAGAAUCAGACACAUCCCAAUCAGUAGAACAAUCACCAGGUCCUAAUCCAUUUGUAGCACUCAAAAGACCUGCAGAAUAUUCUCCUGACAUAGAAGAACAAAAUUCAUCUACAAAGAGGCCAGAUAUAGUAAGAGAAACAAAUGUUGACACUGGUCAGGUUGAAACCACAUCUGACAUAGAAGAAUCAAUGCAAGAAGCUGAGAUGCAAAGUCAAAGCCAUGGUGAGGGCGCAGAUCUAAGCAGUAAUGAAUCGUCAAACUUGCCAACAGAUUCAGAACCAGUCAGUACUGGUAUGCCUAACCCUGAACAGGGUAGAUCAUCACCAUGGCAACAUCAGGGACAUCCUGAACCAGAUAGGUCAUCACCAUGGCAAAAUCAGGGACAUCCUGAACCAGAUAGGUCAUCCCCAUGGCUACAGCAGCACCAUCCUAAUGCACAGUACCCUGGACCUAGAUCAGCUCAUGGAUGGCCUGGUACACCACCACCACCACAUGGACAGUUGAGAUAUGGCCACCCUCAUCAAAAUCCAGGUACACCACCUUCAUCAGGACAGGUGAGAUAUGGACAUCCUCAUCAAUAUCAAGAUACACCACGAAUGAGAUAUGGACAGCCUCGUCAACAUGCUCCUCCAUAUGGUGCACCACCUCACCAGAUAGGAUUACAACAGCAAGGUUACCCUCCAAAUCAAAUGCAAUACCUUCCACAAGAGGGUCAUGGUGGACCAGGAGGUUCCCCUUAUUUUGAUCCAAAUUAUCAACACGGACCCCCUCAGCCAAUUCCUGGUCAUUAUAAAGGACAUGGUCAACACCAAAGUACCCCUUAUCAGCCUUCAGGACCUAACAAGAAACAUCAACCCCCUCAUACGUCACCUAGGGGCAAUGAGCAUACACCACCAAAAAGUAAAAUACCUUCAAGACAAGUUCCAACAGGAAAGGGUGAAACUCCCAAACCAGGAACCAGACCUUCAACUGAAACUACAUCUAGUAAAUCAGAUACUAAAUCAGGUGGAGCUAAACCAAAACUAAAUCUAGGAAAGGGUGCACAGAGAAAUGAAGAACCUAAAGUUGAAACAAAAGGGCCAGGUUCAUCUAAAAAGCAGGCACCAGAGAAAAUGUACCUUUGUGUUUCUGGUAUUGACAAAGAACAAACUAAUGAAACCUUCUUCAACUUCAUUGAGGCAAAGUCUAAAGGAGAUGUUAAUUCUGAUCAAUCAUUGAGGACAAUGGAUGAACCGGAGCAUGCAGUGGUAGUGUUUGAGGACAGAAUAGAUGUUGCAAAACUUAAAGUUGCAUGUGCAAAAAAAGCCCUUGGUAAUUCCUCAUUAGAAUUUGAGGAAAUAGAUCCUCCAAGGUAUAUAAUUGCUAGUUCAGUAGAUAAAUUGACACAGAGUGACUUCAAAGAUUAUCUCACAAAGAAAAAGAAACAGAUAAUUGUUAAAGUACACACUACAGAGGAGGGACCAAUUACAGCAAAGUUCAAAGAACCAUCAGGAGUAACAGAAAUACUAAAGGAUACCAACGUAAAGAUAAGUGGUUCUAAAGUUGUUAUUUCUGUUAUGUACUUUUGUGAUCAUGGAACAUACUGGGAUCAAAGUCUACACCGAGUUGCAAUUCCUGGUCCAUUCAAACCUUCAGUCUCAGACAGUCAUAUAAGAUCAUUUAUCAUUGACAUCACUUCUGUUUGUAAUGAGCAUUUGGAACAACACCAUGCCUGUCUGACCUUCAAGGAUGAGCUACAUAUUGAAUGUACAAUAGACCCUAAAGAUAAAAUGGCAAGACAGAAAGUAAAAGACUGGAAAAACAAUGUACAAAAAGCUUGGGAGGAAUUUGUCAACAACAGCGCCAAAAAGAGAGAACUUCAGAUCACAGGUGACACAAAAGAUCCACUUCUGGAGCAUAUCAACAAGACCAAAGAUCAACACAAAUCUGAAGAGCUAAAGGUUAUCUCCCCUGAUGAGACUGGCAGUAUGAAGUUUGUAUUUGUUGGCAGGUCUAAAAUUGUGGAGAAUUAUGUUGAACAGAUUUCUGCCAAGAAAUUAGAAAUAGAGGCAGAUUUGAAUAGAAAGAAGAAGAUUAAAACAGAUUCAAUGAAACUUAAACCAAUAGAAAUUGCUUUAAUGACCAAAGAAGACAAGUUUGAAGAAGUAAAAAAUAUUGCUCCAGAUUUCAGUUGUGAACCUAAUACGGAGAGUGGAACCAUAACAUUUACUGGUGUGGAAGAAGACAUUUCCAAAGCAAAAGUUAAGAUAUUUGAAGUUAAAAACAACUACCAUUCCUGGCGAAUAGAUAGUCUUUCAGAUCACAUGUGUCAGCUCCUCAGAAGGAAACAGGUUUCUGACAUUGUUAAUGAAAGUUUUAGUGAUGACAAUAUUUCCAUAGUUUGGGAUAUUACUGAUGACCAUGUAACUGUUUGCACUUCUCAGGACAACCGUCCACACAUUGAAAAGGUCUUCAAAGAUACUAUCUUAGAGGAUGAGAUUAAAUUAGAUGAGGCAAGCAAAGAUGUUUUGAUGUUGGAUGAAUGGGCAGAGAAAAAAACAAGUAUCAAUAAUUAUCAUAGAGAUACUGCUAACAUAGAUGAUACUUCUGAUGAUCGAAUUAUUGUCACAGCUACUACUGAUGUGUUUGAUGGGAUUAUGAAGGAGUUGGAAAUAUUUAUUACAGAAAACUCGAUAAAAGAGGGUGAAAUAACAAUUAGGGAAGAAGAGAAAUUCAAAUUCUUUAAGAACCAUUGUAAAGAUUGGGUAAAAGAAUUGGAGGUUAAAUACAGUGAUCAAAAGCUUGAAAUACAUUUUGAUAGACAAUCAGUCAAAAUAAGUGGAACUCCUAAAGUAAUAGAUACCGUUGGUGAUGAGAUAAAGAACCAUUUGAGGAAAAUAAACAAGGACAUUCAUGUGAUAUCAGAACCUGGGGUAGACUCCCUUGUUAGUGAUCAAACUAAGAGCGAUGCCUUAGUAAGUCCAGUUGAAGAAGAAACUAAAACUGUUAUUACUGUAGAUCCAAAUUCUGUAAAUAAACAGGCAUUCAGAAGAAAUGCGGGAAAUAAAAAAACAGAUGAUGAGUAUGCAUGGGAGCAGGCCUCUAAAAAUUACAAAAAAAGAGGCAACAAAUUUGGGAAAGGUGAUAAACCACAAAAUGCAGGUCCUGUUGUUUGUAAAAAUGGAACAAAAGUGCUUCUUGUAAAAAAAGAGGAUCUUGGAAGACAAAAGGCUGAUGUAAUCAUUUGCUCAACAAAUGGUCAGUUAGAUUUAUCUGGUCCCGCUGGAAAGAGCAUGGUGAAUGCAGCUGGGCCAGAAAUUCUGGUUGAAAUUAAACAGAAAUACAGUGAUGGCAUAGAACAUGGUGAAAUAGCUGUAGUUAGUGGCUACAAAAUGAACUGUAAAGAAGUCUAUUUAGCUGCCCUUCCUGGAUGGUCACAUGGUGGAGAGAAGAUUAUUGCUAAAUGUGUUAACACAUGCUUACUACAAGCAUCUAAAUACAAAUCCAUUGUGUUCCCAGCAUUGGGAACAGGUAACCUUAGGUAUCCCAGAGAUCUUAUAGCAGAGACCAUGUAUAAAUGUGUCAGUCAGUUUGAUCAGAGCAAUACAUCUUUGAAGGAAGUUAAAUUCCUGUGUUAUGAUGAUGAAACUAUCAGGGCUUUUGAACAAGAGGAACUAAGACAGGUGAAUCCAGGCUUUCAACCACAUCGAGCUGCAGCCAGUGGUCUAGCAAGUGGUCCCAAGUAUUACAAAAAACACAACACAUCUGUUAAAGUGGUGAAAGGAGAUCUUGGCACUCAAAAGGUUGAUGUUUUGAUUUGUGCUGUUCCCAAAGAAUUAAAUUUAGAAAGUGCUGGUGGUGCUGGUAAAUCUUUAAUGCAAGGUCUUGGUAUCGCUGUACAACAAGAUAUACUUAGUCAGCAUCCAAGUGGGGUCACCAAUGGGGGAUUUGCUGCAGUGAAAUUAUCAUCACCUCCAGGGCAAUGUAAAAGUGUUUACUUAACUUCCCUUGAGCCUUGGGAUAACCAAAAGAAAGUUCCAAAGGAUGAAGAUAAACAAAUCUGUAAGUUUGUGUACCAGUGUCUUGAGACUGCUGAGAAAAGUGGUUACAAAUCAAUUGGCAUUCCUGCAAUGGGAACUGGGACGAUUGGAUAUCCUCAUCAUCUUGUGGCUAAGUACAUGUAUGACAUGGUGGAAAAAUUUGUAACUAAACACAAAAGUAGCAAGCUGACAGAUGUAAAGUUAAUUGUUCAUAGCAAAGAUAACAAGUCUAUUACGGCAUUUUAUGAUGAAGAAAAGAAAAGGUUACCUGCUCCAGCUCAUGUACCAGUCCAGGCUGGUCACCACAAGUUUGCUUCUGGUGAUAGUUCUGGUAGCACUCAAGUAGUUCCCAAAGUUGUCAGUGAUAGUGAAUUCCAGGUUGGGAGUGUAAAGUUAACAGUAGAACAAGGUGAUAUUUUAUCAAAGAAAUGUGAUGCCAUAGUAAAUGGAACUAAUCAUGAUUUUGACCUGACCAAAGGUGCUGUUUCUCAAGCUUUAAGAAAGAAAUGUGAUGCUAAAAAGCUGGAUAUUGAGGUCUCUAAGAAAAAGGAUGAAAUGAAGCAGUAUGGCUAUGCAAGAACAAGUGGUUGUGGUUUACCUUGUGAACAUAUCAUACAUAUCUCCUCUCAACAUAAACCACAUGAAUGGAAAAAGAUCAUUAAAAAAGCUCUGGCAAAAGCUGAUAAGAAACAGAUUAAAACAAUGGCAUUCCCUGCUUUAGGAACAGGAGAAAGUGACACACAAGGUGCAGCUAGUACAAGUGAAGAAACAAUGGGACAAAUCAUAAUGGAGGCACUUGUAGAAUUUGUAUCAGAGGGCCAGAAAAAUCUUCAGCAUGUCUUUCUAGUUAUAUUCCAGGAUAAAAUGGUUAAACCUAUGUUGAAAGGAGUUCGUUCUGGUGGACAGACUGCAUCUACAGCUAAACCAGGGCAGGUUAUAAAAGCAGAUAACAAGAGAAGCUGGUCUGUAACAUUUGCAAUCUAUGGUAUCUCUCAGAAAGAUAUAGAUAAUGCGAAGGAGGUAUUAAAAAGUGCAGUUAAAGAAAAAUUUCAAACAGAAAAAAUACCUGAUAGACUGAUUUCAGAAAUUAAUGAACAUGAAAUAGCCUAUCUGAAAUCUAUAGAAAGUAAUCUUCCUGUUCAGAUGACAAUAGACCAAGUGAACUCUACCGUCACACUUUAUGGAAUUCUAGAUGAUGUGAUGAAUGCCAAACAGGAGGUCUUUGAUGCUCUGAGAAAGUUUGCUCACACCAGACAUUGUAAAGCUGAGGCUGCAAUUAUUAAGGAACAAGUUCAAUGGUACUUUAAGGAUCUUAGUGACAAAGGACUCCCAGUACUUACUCCAUAUCCUGAUGAGAUAAACAUGUAUCUGGAAACUGGUUACAAAGGAGAGUCUGGACGGAAAGAAGUGGAAUUCAAGGAUGAUCAGGGAGAGGAAUAUGUUAUUGUUUUGAAAGAUAUGAUGGAAUAUGUUAAAAAUGAUAGGUCUAAUAAAGUGGAAGUUUUGAGAAGAGAAAAAAUACAAGGAGAUGGAGGGACAUUUGAGCCUCCAGUUAAUUGGGAUGAUCAGGGAUCAGAAAAUGUGAAGCUAGUUACAUUACUGCCAACGUCAGCAGAAUAUACUACUUUAGAACAAAAGUUUAUUCAGUCUGUAUUUAGUGGGAGACCAGAAUGGGCAAACCAGUUUAAUAAACAGACACUUAAAGUAACAAAGAUUGAGAGAAUUCAGAAUUUAAGUUUAUACCACAUGUAUGCAGCUAAGAAGGCUUUGAUAGAAAAACAAAACCCACAAGGACAUAAAAAUGAACAAGAAUUAUGGCAUGGUACACCAGAUAAAGCUAUACUUAGUAUCAAUAUGUAUGGAUUCAACAGGAGUUAUUGCUCAGACAAUAGCAAGGAUGCAUAUUGGGGUGAUGGAGUAUAUUUUUCAGCAGAUGCCUCAUAUUCAGCUAGAAACUGGCUGGCAACAGGUACUGGAACUGGUGACCACAACAUUUACCUUUGUAACGUGUUAACAGGUGUAUCUGUUAAAGGAAAAAAAGGAAUGCGUGUACUUCCUGUAAGACAAGAUGGAACUAUGUUAAACUAUGAUUCUGCAACAGAUGCUAAAUAUAACCCAGUUGUUGAAUAUGUCAUAUUUAAUGACACACAAGCUUACCCACAGUACUGCAUUAAAUUUAAGUAUUAGUUUACAAUAUUAUAGACAUAAAUACAGAAAUAGUGCUAAUAAUAAUUAAUGUACAUAUAUGUGUAAUUUUCUCAAUAUUUAAUAACAUUAUUUACCAAUUAGUUUUCAAAAAAACAUGAUUUGUAAGUACUAUAUUCAUAAAAUUACAUAGGAAGGUCUGAUAUAUCUGUUCAAAGUAUUACUUGUUUGAUACCCCUGCUUUCUGAUGGUUGUAAUGGGGAGUCCUUUCAUCUGUCAGCUUUCCCGUCAGUUUGUUAGUCCUUCGAUACCAAUUUGUUUUCUGCACUUGUCCUGAACUUCUCGAUAAAGUUUUGUAAUACUUUCUCCAAAUCUUGUUUCAUUUUGUCAUCCCAGUGAUUUUUGCGCUAACUUAUGCAUAAGUCCACAUGAAAUAUACUUUGUCAUAUCUGCAUACUACAGAACAAAUUUGUUUUCUCUUAUCCUCAUUAAUUCAAAAUUAAGAGUUUGAUGAAACAUCAUCAGAAUCUUCAACAAAUAAUGCCAUUGUGCACAUAAUUUGUUUUGCUACAAAGUUUUUGUGGUUCCCUUAGCAAAUAAUAGACUUUUCAAUUUUUUUUAUCUAGCGGGUAUCUAUUUUGUAUCCAUAAGUACUCUUAAACAACUUGAUAGAAUUUGUUGAAAUUUUCUCAGAAUCUUAACUAUAUUAUGUCUUUCUGCACCUUUUAUUUUAUUUUUUGGAACAUGGUCCUUGCCUUUGUAGUUUUUGAGGAGAUCACACACAUAAUUGGACAUUCACUAUUUAGAAGAGUUAUUCCUCGAGAGUAAUUCAAUCCAUUCAGGAUGUCGAUCUUCAAAAAUCAUUAGAGUUUUAAUAUUAGCAAUUAAAAGUGAUUAAAACAAACAGUUCAGAAACCAAAAAAAAAAUUGAAUAAUGUUUGACGUUAACCAAAGAUAUUUUGUCUUUCUUUUAUUUUUAUUUAUAUUCACCAAGUCAACCUUGCAGUGUACAUAAAUAUCAUUCAUAUUCCACCCUCUAUUUUACAAUCUAUUCAUAAAUAACCUUGAUGCCACAAAUGAUGAAGGUGAACUUUAUGAUUUUAUUAAAGUUUUAUAGUCAUAUAUAUCUUUGUGUUGUUUGAAUAUUUGCUUAGUAGAAAAGAGUUAUUGUGAUUUUCAAAAAAAAUCUUUGAAUUAUAGUUUGAUAAUGAUUUUUUUUUCAUAUAUCUGUGAUAACUGCUGUAAAUAUAUAUAUAUGUGUAUUUGUUUGAUAGAGAAAAGGAGCAUAUUAAUUGAUCGACAUAUUUCAUUUUAUAUUAACUUGCAACAAUAUGGUUUAUUAAAAGGUAUUUUUAUACAACUAUUGCCUUCAAGUGUUGUAUGUGCCAUUGUCAUCAGUUUCUGACCAAACAAUAUCUGUGCUGCAACUAAUGUUUCAUGUAAGCAUUCCAAAAAAAAAUCCUGAAAAAUGGACUAGUUUAUGUACUGAUUUUGGAGAUUGAUAAAAAAAUUAAUAAAAAGGGCCAAUAAAGCCAAAAAUGGAUUGUAUUGGCACACCUACAAUAGUAGGAGGGAUUAUGUUUUGAGGUUUGUGCCUUUGUCCCUAUCAGAUUAAAUUUUGUAUGAAAGGGUCAUUUAAGGUGUUGAAUUCAUGGUCACCAAUUUGACCCAAAUUCUUAUAUUUUAAAUUUAUUAAAUAUUAAGUUCUUACUAUACAAAUCCUUGAUUUAAAUAAGCAAUCAAGCAUGUGAAAUCAUUGCAUGAAUACAGAUUCAAAUGAGUUGAAUGAUUGAUUCACAAGCCAUUAAUACAUCAGCAAUGUUGUUUAGCUUAUUUUAACAAAAUUGAACCAAGCUGACUGCUAAUAGCAAAAUAUUAUUUCAAUAUUAUGCUUUUAUAAAUGUUUGAAACAGAAAAAAUAGUUUUUUUUAUUUUUUGUCUAAUUUUGUUGUUAAAACUGAAAUUGUGGUCUCAUCUACUUCAAACUUUUUAAACAUGUUCAUCUUGUGGAGAAUAUUUUGUCUCACCUGCACCCAAAGUUGCAAAGGUGAGGUAGCUGAGGUUCGAUUCCCCUAAUUACAUGUUUGCCUUGGUAUAUUUGCCCUGGGUUUGUUCGCCCUAUUUUUGUAAGAAUCAAUAUAUUUAUAUUAAUGGUAUUAGGGUUUAAUACCAGGGUAAAUCUAUCCUGAAAUUUAUUGGUUAAAUAUUUAAAGAAAAUAUAUAUUUCUCAUAAUUCAUGAAAAAACAUGGAAAUAUUUUAAAAGCAAGGAAUUAUUUUAAUCUGGAAUAAUUUUGAAUACUGGAAACUUGUUAUGAAAUGUAUGAUGAAAACUAACCUAAUUAAGGAGAGUGAGACAUGCAUGCAUGGCUAAGGGGGGUUUGUUAGUUCAUACUGAAAUAUUGUGAAAGUAAAAUAAACCUUAGCCAUGCACGCAUGGCUAACCCUAUUUAGUUCGGUCAGAUUUCAUAAAAAAAUUCCAAUUGAUUUUUACAGAAUUCAAAAUUAUUCCAGAUUCAAAUAAUUCCUUGUUUAAAAUGAAUGGCUUGUUAUGGAGCAUUAGUUGGCUUAGUUGUUACAUUUGUUUUUAUUUAGAAUUUCUGUUAAUGAAUGUUGAUUGUAAUGUUGAUUGUAAUUAAGAAUACUUAUAUAUAUAUAUAUGUUGUCUUUUAUCUCACUGAUUGUUGUUUUAUCGUCUUUUGUUGUUUGAUAAUGAAAAUAAUUUUUGUAUUAAAUAACUACCGCCAGCAGUCAGCUUGGAAUGAGUAAAAAUAAUGAAUGUCCAAAUAUUAUGAAUGUUUUUGUGCUGUUUUGUUUUGUAAAUCAGGGUGAAGAAAUGUAGAGUGGAUGGCUGUGAGAUUAUUUUAUCUUUUAAAGAGUAUUUCAAUUCAGUGCUCUUGAAAAUAAUAGUGUUAUGACAAAACUGGUGUGAUGUGAAGUUCAAGCUGGAUUUUGUUAUAAUUCUUUAUGAUUCUUUGGAAAUUAUUAAAAUGUAUCAAUAAAGAUAAAUAAAUACAGAUAAAUUGGU